AUGUUUGCUCCGAGAUCUUCGAGACCUGUUACCAUUGCUGUUUAUCCACAAAAAAACGGUCUAAGACGUAGAAAAAAAGAUGAAAACGCAACACCGGCUAUUGAACUUGAACGAAUUCUUGGAUUUACUACUUCAAAACCUACGGUAUUAUCAACGGCUCCUACAUUGGAUCUUGUAGCUUAUGCUGCUGGUUCAGUAGUUGUACUUUAUAAUCAUAAGAAAAAUAAACAAGUUGCACUUUUACACGCGUCAUCAAGUACAACUCCUAUACAGCAAACCAAUUCAAAUACUUCCAAUUGGUCUGCGGCAUUUCCUAAUCGUCAUACGCCUACAGAUAGUGUAAUAAAUCCAUUGGGAUCAUUGGGUUUAUUAGAUCCACAGUCUGCUAAUAAUGGAAAUACUACUAGUAAUUCUAAAAAGACGCCUGUUAGUAACAAAGCUAAACCAAUAUCAUGUAUCACUUUUUCUCCCGAUGGUAAUUACUUGGCUGUUGGUGAGGCUGGUCAUCAACCACGUAUCUUAAUAUGGGAUGUACAAUCAAGAACCCUUGUCAAUGAAUUAAAGGGACAUAAGUAUGGCGUUCUGGCACUUAAAUUUUCUCCAAAUAUGAAAUGGAUUGUAUCUUUAGGAUUCCAACAUGAUGGCUAUUUAAAUGUUUGGAAUUGGAAAAGUGGUACCAAAGUCGCGUGUAAUAAAAUCACUACAAAAGUUCACACAUUAGCAUUUAGUCGAACUGGUGCUUAUUUUGUAACAGCUGGAUUAAGACACGUGAAAUUCUGGUAUUUUGACGCGAACGGAAAUCUACCAAAAAAGCAAGGAGGUCAAUCAAUAACAAAAACAGUCCAAGUAUUAGAUGGGCGAUCAGGAAUUCUAGGAGAUUUAAGAGAUAACAAUUUCCUUGAUGCAACUUGCUGUCAAAAAACAGAUCAUACAUAUUUUGUAACAUCUAAUGGGUUGUUGUGUAUGUUCACGGAGGGAAGAUUAAUGGAUAAAUGGGUUAAUUUGCAG